AUGCCACCCAAAGGCAAGGGCGAGCAGCCCAAGGUGAAGAAGAUUGCCGUGGACAAGACCUUCGGUAUGAAGAAUAAAAAGGGUGGUGCCGCGCAGAAGCAAAUCGCUCAAAUCAAAGCUACGGCUGCGUCUGGUGGCUCACCUGAAGAGAAGCGAAAGGCAGCAGAGAAGGCACAGCGUGAGAAGGAGAAGCUGGCGGCUGAGCAAGCCCGCAAAGAAGUCGCAGACCUCUUCAAACCCGUUCAGAUCCAGAAAGUGCCAUUCGGCGUCGAUCCCAAGACUGUACUCUGUCAAUUUUUCAAGAAGGGGAACUGCGAGAAGGGCAAGAAGUGCAAGUUUAGCCAUGACCCGGCCGUCGAACGCAAGACAGAAAAGAGGAGUUUAUAUACCGACAGCAGAGACCAAGAAAAAGAGGCAGAGGAAGAGAAGAAGAAAAAGGACAACAUGGACGACUGGGACGAGGAAAAGCUGCGGCAGGUCGUGCUCAGCAAGCACGGCAACCCAAAGACGACCACGGACAAAGUAUGCAAAUAUUUCAUCCAAGCCAUCGAGGACCAGAAAUAUGGCUGGUUCUGGGUCUGUCCGAAUGGCGGAGAUAAAUGCAUGUACAAGCAUUCCUUGCCACCUGGGUUAGUUACCGUUCCUGUUGUCCACAUAUGGAUUGCGCGGUUGCAUUACGUGCUGAUUGCCGGACACAGAUAUGUCAUCAAAACAAAGGAGCAGCGUGCUGCCGAGAAGGCCCUCAUGGCCAAUUCGCCUCUAGCCACACUCACACUCGAAGACUUCCUCGAGUCUGAACGACAUAAACUGACCGGUACCCUUACGCCUGUCACAGAAGAAACAUUUGCCAAGUGGAAGAAGGAGCGCCUCGACAAGAAGCAAGCCGAAGAAGAGGCCAAGAAGAUGAAGGAGGCAACUGGUCGUGCCAUGUUCGAGAAGGGUGACUGGCAACAAGACAGUGACGCGGAUAGCGAUGAAGAGGAUGACUCGUGGAACCUGGAGACUAUGCGCAAGGAAACGGAAGCAGCGAGAGCAAGAAAGGAGGAAGAGCGGUUGGCAGCCUCUUUGGGCAAUGCUACGGUAUCUUGA